UAGGAGUGACGAGGCUACUAUUAUCCCCAUGGAGGCAGUUCAACAGUCGGCCGCCGCCUCGAGAUUCAAAGGCCUACCGAGUCACGGCCUUCGCUUGUCGAACCGCUGUGUCGUAGCGGAUACAACCGGUGCAUUUUUAAUUACAUCUCUAUGUUCAUCUCUAGGUUCAUUUCUUAAGUCAUCGCAGGGAGCCGCGUCGCGAUGGACAUCAAAAUCCGCCACGUGUCGCCUGCUGAUGCUGCUGCUCCCCACGCUGAUCGUCGUUCAUUCGCUCCUCUCUAGCCGCGGCACCCUGGAACGUUCCUCGCAGGUUCUCGACGCAACGGCCGCACUAGACGCGAUAAGCGUCCCGAGCGGGGUGUCGCGUAUCGCUGUGAACGGUGCAGAACCUGGUCUCUUCGCGGCGUCCCGUGCCAGCAGCACAUGGAACGACCUUGACCCUUCAGGCGGCGGCGGUGGCCGAAAUGCUGGCUCUGUCCCCGGCGGCGUGACUGUACUCGACACAAUCAACGAUGCUGUUACGGAGGUACAGCAGCAGCAGCAGCAGCAGCAGCAGCAGAAGCGGCAGCAGGAUUCAGACGGGUCGCAGCAGGCGCGGCCCUCCCUGACAGCGCAGGUAGACUGGGAGGAAGUGGAUGAGGCACGGGCUGUGGAACUAUCCCUGGCUGUUGCCAGCCGUGCACCAACCGCUAGAACCGCUGCUGCAUUGCCAGCGCAUGGUGUCGCUGAUGCCCGUACCCAUGCCCAUGCCAAUCCCAAUGCUCAUGCUGAUGGCAAUGGCAAUCAGAACGCCAAUCUCAAUGCCAAUGCCAAUGCAAGUGCCGAUGCUGGCGGCAUUGGCGGUGCGGGCGAGGGAUAUGACGGUUCGGAGCGGUUCUACAGGGUGACGGGUGAGGGCGACUACUGCGCGGGCGAGUCUCAUUGGAAGUGGAGCUUCCUUUGCGCCGCAGCCGAGGCCCGCCUGCUCAACCGCACGCUCGUGCUGCCCCUCGCUCGCUGCAUGGACGCCACCCACACGCUGUCCAAUGUGACGGAGGAGAAGCCCAUGGCGCUCUACUACAACAUGGACCACUGGCCGCGCAUCCAGCCCAUAAUGCUGGACCUCCAAUUCGAGCUACGGUUUGGUUCUCUCAAUGCCACGAUCCUCCGGGCCCGCCACAACAUGAGCGUGCACGAGUUCCAAGCUCGCGAGCCCACCAGCCGCCUGGAGAGUGCGGAGGCGCGGGGCGCCACGCUGAUCGUGCGCCAAGCACGCUUCGCUUAUGAGAUCUGCGCCCUGCCAGGGAAUGCGAAGCACCUGGUGCGCAACUACAACCUGAUCCAGCGGCCCAAGUACCUGUGGCGAGUGGCGGAGGCAAUUCAGCGCAGCAUGGGGUUUGGCUAUGUCAGCGUGCACGUGCGGCGCGGCGACAAGCUGAACCGCCACUUCUGGCCGCACCUUGACCGGGACACGCGGCCCGACGCCCUGCUCAAGACUCUUCCCAAGUUCAUCCAGCCGGGGCGCCACGUGUACAUAGCGUCGAACGAGCGCACUCCGGGGUUCUUCAGCCCGCUCGCCUCGCUCUACAAGAUCCACGUGCUCUCCGACUACCGCCACCUCUGGGCGCCCGGCAGCGACUGGUACAAGGGGUGCCGGGAGCUCAUGGAGCGGCACCGAAUCAAACUCGGGGCCGAGCCAGUCUUUGACGCACAAAUGCAGUGGAUCGUGGAUGAGAUUCUGAUGAGUCAGGCAAAGAAGAGAGUGGAGACAUUCUUUGACCUCACCAAUGAUACGAGACACGCUAUGUAAGGUCUUGCACAACAGCAUUACCGUUGUACUAAUGUAAAUUAAUCAAUCUAAGGCUGCUAGGAAUGAAUGCGAAGGUAAGGCAGGAUACGCUACGAGUUCAAGCCUACAACGAUUGCCUUUAACAUGUCAGCAACGGUUUUCCAUUUACCGCAAGAAUCUGU